AUGUGCACUGGUAUAUGGCUGGUAGAGGCUGUCUUUGUUGGUUUCGUUGAUACUGCUCACAGGGAUAAAGAAAUCCUCAAAGAUUUUGACGAGCCUUCAGCGAAAGGUCUCAAGUCGAACAUUAUUCGAUGCACAAAAGACACCCUCCAAUUUGAGGGUGGAAAAUGGACAAAGUCAGGAGCGAUCAACCAGAUCUUCGUCCCUGACCUCAAGAAAUACACCAUGGAUGCCCAUCAGAUUGUACAAGGCAAAUACAAAGAUGGCGACAAACUUCGAAUUGCAGGAAGAGCAGCAAGUGAAGACUUCAACGACCUCAAGUAUAUUAAAUCACAACAAAACAGUAACAAAGACGCAUCCGAUUUCGAUGAACUCAUCGAAAAAGUAAGGCGUUUGGCUGUCUAUGCGUUUGCAAGCGGAAAAACGCUGGACGAAGAUUCCAAAGAACUCAGCAUCCGAGCAAUCAAGCUCCCCACAAGAGCAAGAUAUCGCGAAGAUGAAGAUGACAACGACAAAGACAUGGCCUUCGAUCAGGAGUGGGUGGAGAAAAUCCAACAAGCAAGAUAUGAAGAGUCUGUCCACCAGAGUGCUGUGUUGUGGGGAGAAAAUAAAGCAAAAUAUAAUAUAGACGAAAGAAUUCGUGAGAACUUGUGUAGGUUGUUUAUUUCCAAAGAAAAUGUGUGCUUAAGUAAUCUUUAUCACAAUGAGUCAUCUUCCAGGAGUAUUGUUCUUCUGGAAAGAUCCGGAAAGACCAAUUGA